UGCAAUAGAAUAUGCUAUGAUACGUAGGUUUUCAAUCAGAUACGUUCACAACGUCGUCGACUCGUUGGGUUUGCAUGUCCCACGCUGAAAUUUUGGAGUUCCCACUUUGGCCACUUCCACAAAUUUCCAGGCUCUCCUCGAAGUCCCAACAGGUUCGCCAUGACAGCCGACACCCACACGAGUGCAACCCAAGUCCGGGUCGGAGUGGGGGUAUUCGUUGUCCGGCGCCGAGACAACCAUAUCCUAGUCGGCAAGCGGAAAGGCAGUCACGGACAUGGAACCUACCAGCUCCCUGGCGGGCAUCUGGACCCGUUUGAGAGCUUCGAAGAGUGUGCGGCGCGGGAAGUCUGGGAAGAAGCACGGCUGAAGUUGCAGAACAUUACAUAUGGAACGACCACAAACGAUCCAAUGCCGAAAGAGAAUAAGCACUAUGUUACCAUUUUCGUGACAGCUGAAUGCGUGGACGACGAGCCGUUACCCGAGGUUUGCGAGCCAGAUAAGUGCGAUUACUGGGAGUUCAUCUCCUUCGAAGAGUUGAUGACGAAUAGGACGCCUCUCUUCAAACCUCUGGAAAGCUUGGCUGCGACAAGACCAUCGUUUAGGCCUGAGACGAACUCCAUUGACCGACAUUGAUUGACGGACCGGCGUAACAUUUUUGGCUCUAUAUAGGAGCGAUCCGCAAUUGACGUAGGAAGCUGG